GUGGGGUGAGCAGGAUUGUCGCCAUUAUUGUUCCACUACUCAAUGCCAGCACAUAAAGUAUUUUAAUCUUAUGUCUUACUGUAUUCUGCCUUAUUUUUUUUAACAAAGCCUAUGUAGGAGGAUAGGAGGGGGAGGAGGAGGAGGAGGCCAUGGAAGCGGCUAAAACAGAGGACAUUGAGUCCCUAAUGGAGGACAUGGACUACAUUCCUGGUCACUUCCACCUGGACCUAAACCUCAACUGUGAUCUCGCUGGACCUUUGAAACUGAGACACCGAGACAUUUACUUGAAACAGGAGAGUCUCAGGGGGGAGCUGGAGGCUGAGGCUGGAUAUUUACAGUAUGCUGUUCGCAAUCUUCUCGGUCUACUGGCUUUUCACCUCAACCACCUUCAAACUGCAGAGGAAAUAUUCAGGGGCAUUUGUAAAGAAGACCCAGGGAACCUCAACGCUUGGGCCAACCUUGGCUAUGCGUACGACAAGCUGGGAAGAGAGCUGGAUGCCGGGGAAUGUGUGGAGAAAGUGUCCCAACUGAUGGGUUUAGACGCUGGCGAGACCACCAAGGAAGACACCAUGCAAAUGGCAGCCCGCUGCCUGGCAGAGCAGGCCUAUGUUUACCCCUAUGACGUGGAGCUGGAGAAAGAAGACGACUUGAGGGAGAGGCUGACUGCAGCGCUGAUGCUGUUUAACAGGGCCCUGGACUACGGCGGUCAACUGAUAUCAGUGGAAGAAAAGCGAAGCUGGUACUUUAAGAUGGCAACCAUUUAUAUCAGACUGGACGACAUCGUAAGGACCAAAGAGGAUGCUGAUUACUCCAGACUCUCUCAAUAUAAUAAAGGGCUAAGGCUUCUCAGAGAAACACUUGAAUCUGAGAAAACACAACAAAAAGCUCUCUCCUGGUGUUAUGUUGGCAUCAUGCUGGAGAGACGGGAUGAGUUCACCACAGUGCCCAUGUCGAUACACGACUGUGGCUACUCUGCCACUGAUCCUUUAUCCUGCUAUGGAAAUGCCAUAAAGUUGGCUAAUGAUGACGCAUUCAUCCUAAACCUCCUGGCCAAGCUGUUCUUUCUGCUGGGUAAACAUGAGAUGGCCACGGGGAUCUGCAACAUGGCUCUCAAUGUGCUGCCCGAUCCGGAGAUCAAUUGGCAGGCUUACUGCACCCUCGCCAAGAUCAACACAACGCUUUACGUCAAGGACCUAGAAAAGGCCAAAUGUGGAGAAGGCGGAGUCCCGGAUAGACAGAUGUUAACCGAGGCCCAGAAAAACCUGGGAAAAGUCUUGGCUGUGUGUCCUUGCUUGAGGACUCACCUGGAGAUGGCACAGGUGUACUACUACAUGGGUGUAGACGCACUCCAGGAAAGCCUUUUGGUGGACGAGGGCGCAAUAAACAACGCCUUAGUGAGCCUGUCCCAAGCCCAACUGUAUGAACUGGGAGACAGCUUGCCUGACCUCCACUUGCUCAAAGGACGCUGCCUCCUGCUGAAGGGCGAGGAACAAAACGCCACAGACUGCUUCAAAUGCGCCCUGGACUUAGAGAGACCGACAAGUACCGAUACCACGGCCCUGCGCUGCCUCCUACAGGCCUUACUGGCCGUGUUCAUGCAGGGGGUUCAUGACCCCAACCACGUUAUAACCCAGAUGGAGCAGUGUUUGCAGAGGGCCGAGGAGAAGUACCCCGAAGAUGUCGUGAAGGCUGAGCUGAGGUGUCUUUACAGGACGAACACCGCGGAGGUCACAGAGCUGUCUCGAGCUCUCAUCAGGACGGGACGACUGGAACUGGUCAGAAGGCUCCUGCGGACUGUGGCACCGAAACAAAUAGCUAAGAAGAGAACCCUUACAAAAUCUUUAUCCUUUGUGUGAUGCAAAAAAUGCCAUCUGACUCGGGACAAAGGAACUGCGCGACUGCAUUUUGACAUCAAGCGAGGCUGUACUGUAAUCAAGUUCUGCUUCAACUAGAUUUCUACACUGUGAAAUUACUAUGACAAAUAGUAUGCUAUUUCCGUCACACAUUCUUAUUAUAUUCUGCUAAGUUGGUCUACAUAUCAGUAACAACUUCAAUUAAUGUUAUGAUUACAUUGCUUGGACAGGCGGCACGGUGACCGACCGGUUAGAGCGUCAGCCUCACAGUUCUGAGGACCGGGGUUCAAUCCCCGGCCCCGCCUGUGUGGAGUUUGCAUGUUUCCCCCCGUACCUGCGGGGGUUUUCUCCGGGCACUCCGGUUUCCUCCCACAUCCCAAAAAACACGCAGAAAUUGGAGACUCUAAAUUGCCCGUAGGUGUGAAUGUGAGUGUGAAUGGUUGUUUGUUUGUUUGUUUGUAUGUGCCCUGCGAUUGGCUGGCAACCAGUUCAGGGUGUACCCCGCCUCCUGCCCGAUGACAGCUGGGGAUAGGCUCCGGCACGCCCGCGACCCUAGUGAGGAGAAGCGGCUCAGAAAAUGGAUGGAUGCUUGGACAGGAGUUGGCAGAUCAUCUAUGUUGGCCAUUGUCCUUCACCAUCAGGCAGGCACAACUGGAGGGAUUUUACGGAUCCUCUUUUGUGUUUUUUUUUUUUUUUUUUUUUGGCAAAACCCUUCGAAACCCCCUCACAAUGAAUACUUUCCAAAACGAUUCAAUUGCGAUUUUAUAAAUACAAUAAAAUUUACUCUAUCCCUCAUCACUGUCAGUAAAGCUGUGUUGACCAUUACUUUGGUUGUUUGUAUCCAACUUCCUGUCCACUGUUUUUAAUGUCAGCCCUUUUUUAAGAAAAAAAAAAAAAGCUCAACUUACAUGAGAAAAAUGUUGAAAUAAUCAUGGAAAGAACAUGCUAUGUACUGUAUACCCUGUACCUUGAGAUUCAGUAUUUUAAGCCCAGAAAUUUUUUUGUGUAACUUUUUUAAUGUUUUAUUUCUAUUUUUACUGUGCAUUAGUUACUUUUUACAUUUCCAUCAUUUGUUUUUAUUACACUUAUACUCAUGAUCAAUAUCAACAUGAUAUACUUUGCAUGUGUCCUUUUCGACUUAAACUUAAGGGAACAAUUACAUUGCUGUCCACCAAUGUCAGUUCAGGUUGGAAUUUGUUGUGCCUACCUAAGAUGGUAUUAGAUUGUGUUCCAGAAGAAACUAUGAUAUUGAGAUCAUGGAUUUGAGCCGUUACCUCAAUGAUUUUCGAGAAGACAGGUAUUCAUAAUUCAUCCAUCCAUUUUCCAUCCCGUUUCUCCUCACUGGGGUCGCGGGCGUGCUGGAGCCGAUCCCAGCUGACUUCAGGUGAAAGGCGGGGUACACCCUGAACCGGUCGCCAGACAAUCGCAGGGCACAAAAACAACCAACCAUUUGCACUCACAUUCACACCUAUGGGCUAUUUUAGGCCUUCAAUUAACCUACCAUCCCUGUUUUGGGGAUGUGGGAGGAAAACCGGAGCGUAUUCAUAAGUAAUAUUACAAAUUGCUCAGUGUUUGUAGUGCAUACAAUAUAAACUCUUCUCUGCAUUGGACAUAUUACAAGUUGAUUAAAGUACAUGCAAUGGAUAAUGUUCAUAUGUUUACGACACAAGAAAAUACAUUCUGUUUAUCCUGUAUCGAGGAGACAGUGUUAUCUCUAAAA